AUGAAGUACUUUUUCACUUUGGCACUGGUUGCCGCAUGCUUUGUUCCUGCUAAAGCAGCAACAUGCAACCCUUCUGUUCAGGAAGUGAAAACUAUUCCGUACACCAUUCUUGGAGAGACGCUGAACUUUGAUAUCGGUUACCUUCCUGAUGCAAUCUCGGACGUCACCAUUACUGCCGAGUUUCUAGGAGAUCUGAAUGCAGUUGUUUCUGCCGAUGUCCAGUUGGGGGCGUCCACGAAUAUAUGUACGCUGGCCGACAGUGAAGAUUCUUCGCCAUUGCUUGGCCUUGGACUUGGCCUUGACGUAAAUUGUGGCAAAGAUUCCAAGACCGUUACGAUCUCGGCAGAGGUUUUCAAUCAAGACCAUUCCACCAUCAGCAUGGCGAUUGACGCAAAACUUGGAGUAACUUCCUUGCUUUGCAACGACCAGGGAACAAUUUCCAUUUCUUACGUGAAAAGCUGUCCUUCAGCUUGCAUCCCUUCUGUUCAGGAAGUGAAAACUAUUCCGUACACUAUCAUCGGAGAGACACUCAACUUUGAUAUCGGUUACCUUCCUGACGCAAUCUCGGACGUCACGAUUACUGCCGAGUUUCUAGGAGAUUUGAAUGCAGUUGUUUCCGCCGAUGUCCAGUUGGGGGCGUCCACGAACAUAUGUACUCUUGCCGACAGUUCCGCAUUGCUUGACCUGAGCCUUGGUCUUGGAGCAAAUUGUGGCAAGGAUUCGAAGACUGUUACAAUAUCGGCAGAAGUUUUCAAUCAAGACCAUUCCACUAUUAGCAUCGCGAUUGACGCAAAACUUGGAGUAACUUCCUUGCUUUGCAACGACCAGGGAACUAUUUCGAUUUCAUAUUUGAAAAGCUGUCCUUCAACUUGCGUCCCUUCUGUUCAGGAAGUAAAAGCAAUUCCUUACAACAUCAUUGGACAGACUUUGAACUUCGACUUUGGCUACCUUCCUAACGCGAUCUCGGACGUUACGGUAGUUGCCGAGUUCAUUGGCGACUUGAAUGCAGUUGUUUCCGCUGAUGUCCAGUUGGGGGCGUCCACGAAUCUAUGUACACUUGCCGACAGUUCCGCAUUGCUUGACCUGAAUCUUGGCCUUGGCGCAUACUGUGGCAAAGAUUCCAAGACCAUUACAAUCUCGGCGGAAGUUUUCAAUCAAGACCAUUCCAUUAUAAGCAUUGCCAUUGAUGCAAAACUUGGUCUUACUUCCUUUCUUUGCGCUGACAAUAUUGGGACAAUUUUGGUUUCUUACUUGCAAGAUGUGAAAGACUGUGCUUCUUCCUCUGAACCUCCUGUGACAGCACCUGUUGCGCCUCCCGUUUCGCCUCCUGUCCCUGCUCCUACUAGAAGUGAAACCGGUGGAGAUCCUCACUUUACUACCUGGAAAAACGAACACUUUGAAUACCACGGUCAGUGCGAUCUCAUUUUGGUCCAUGAUGCCGACUUUGCGGAUGGACUUGGAUUGGACAUUCAGAUCCGUACCAAGAUUGUCCGCUACUGGUCCUACAUCAAGACCGUUGCCAUCAACAUUGGCAAUGACAUUCUCGAGAUUGAAGGCUCCGCCGAUUCUGAGGAUGCCGAGGCUCACUACUGGUUCAACCUUGAGUAUCAAGGCGAACUUGACACUUUCGCUGGUUUCCCCGUCACCCAAAAGCUUCCAUCCGUCUACAAGCGUCAUUACAGUAUCGACUUGAGCUCCAAGUAUCCAGGAGCUUCCAUCGACGUCCACCUGUACAGGGAGUUUGUUCGUAUCAAGUUCAACGGAGACGAAUCCUUCUAUGGCAACACAGUCGGUCUUCUUGGAGACGUCAAGACCGGAAAGACCCUUGCUCGAGAUGGAGUUACUGAAUUGAACGACUUUGUCGAUUUUGGAGAUGAGUGGCAAGUCUUGCCAAGCGAACCAAUGCUCUUCCAUCAAACGGCACAUCCUCAAUUCCCAGAGCUUUGCGUCAAACCGGAAGACCCACGCGGGGAGCGCAAGCGUCGUUUGGGCGAGUCGAAUAUCUCCGUGGAGGUAGCGGAAGCCGCCUGUGCCAUUUUGAAGGAUCCUCUUACCAUCAAAGACUGUGUCAUGGACAUCUUGAACACUCAGGAUUUGGACAUGGUUGGUGCCUUUUAG